AAACACGACGUUAAAGAUUAAAGUAUUACACAUAUUUAAUUGUGAAUAAAUUAUGACAGAAUCGAAUAAGAGAAGUAGAACAAAAAAAGGUGGAAAAACUCUAACUACUAAAUUACCAGACGAUAUAAAGGAAAAAUCAUAUUUAACCCGUCACGUGGAUACUUCAAUAGCAAUUUUAGAUAGCCCUGAAAACGAUAUUGUCCUGGAAUCUCUUUUAUUUUUAUCCAAAUAUGCCGAUUUAUGUCUAAUCAAUUUAAACUACUUGCAGCAAAGAGGUCUCCUGCAGAAGAUUUUAAAGUUAUUAGAUAGGAACAUUUGUAUAUUAAGACUAUGCUUAAGACUUCUGAAUAUCCUUUUAAGUAUCGAAGAUGUAAUGAUUGAAUUUGAUCAAGAAGAAUAUGAUAGUGAUAUCCAAAGAAUAACAAAUUUUUAUAUUUAUCAUAAAGAUUUACAUGUAAAAGAGUUUGCAGUGUCCAUUUUAAGUAAAGUUGCCAGCAGCUGUAGAAUCACUAGUCUAAUUUUCUCUAUGGAUCUACUAAAUCCCAUACUAUCUGCUUUAAAGAGUGUUAAAAAUGUUAAUUUACUUCAAAUGAGUAUGAUUUUGUUAGACGGGUUACUAACAGCUCCAGCUGCCUUAUGUAUUUUACCAGAAGUAAAGAACUUUGAUGUUAGCACUAUAGUUAAACUGCUCCAACAUCCCGAAGGUGAAGUAAACGCACAAGCAUUUAAAAUUAUUUCAAAGCUAACAUUUUUUUGUUUGAAUGUCUAUCAGGUCAUGUUUAAGAAAGAAAAAAUAGUAGAGAAAAUGAUGGGUGUAGUAAUGGAUCCUUUACAAAGAGAUAAUCACGAAAUAUCACUGAAAAUCAUUUUAGAUUGUAUGAAUUCCGAUAUAACAUCUACUUACUUUAUUGAAUCUUUAGAAUUUUUAAAAUUUUGUGCUUGGGUAAAAACCUGCGAAAGUGAUUAUCUUCCACAAUGUGCUGAUAUAUUUCUGAAACUUUCAAGUAUACCUAGCAUCAGACAGACAUUAUUUGACUUAUCCGUGGAAGAGUCAAUUCUCUAUUUUUUAAGAAGUAAAGAGAAAUAUGUUUUAAAUAGAGCUUGUGCAGCAAUUUCAAAUAUGAGCGAGCAUCCAUAUUGCUGCGACCACAUGUUAACAGGAAAAGUGGUACAAACAAUUUUUAACAUAUUGGAGAGGACCGAUGAUGAAAUAGAUCCUCAAAAUGAGGUGGCAAUAAAAACUUUGUGUAAUCUUACCAAAAGAUCGUUAAAAACAUUACAAUUUUUGUUUAAAUUAGAAGCUCAACAAAAAUUUUUUGAAUUAUUCAACAAAGGGUUAGCCAUAUUAUCUCCAGAAGCAUAUCUUAACAUCACUGAGAUAAUAUAUCAUUUUGUGGUGUAUCCGGAAUAUCAAAAAAGUAUAGUUAAUUCUAAAUUAUUUACAGAAUUACUUAAGGCAUCACAAAGUGAGUGCGAAAAAGUAGCAGUUCUAUCAUUGGAAAUAAUAACGUUUUGUAUGGUAAAACCAAUAUUUUUAGAACUGUUUACUAACUUAAAUGGACCAACUAUUAUUAUGCAACAACUAAAAUCGACCACUAAUCCAAAAUUACGAAACUGUUUGCUGAUUCUAAUUCAUUCAGCUAUUUCUAACGAUAGUAUAACCUUGGAGUUUUUAAAGAAUGGUUUAGUUAACGUACUAAGGGAGUUUUCGGAGGAGAUUAGGAAAAGUGCUCCAAUUAUAGAGACUAUAUUGAAUUUAUCGUAUAAUGUAUACCUACCUUUAAAAUUUUUUGAAACACACCGCUUGGAGAUCACUGACAAGCUGAACAACCAGUUUUAUUUGAUUAAUGGAUAUUGGACAGAUGAGUUCCCGUUUCUGGAUAUUAUCCGAUGCGAAAAUCUUUCAACCAUAUCAUCCAUUUACGUUGUGGAUUACACAUAUGACGCCGCCGAGCCAACAUGCACGAUCUCGAAUAUGUCUUUCAAUACACUGGAUUCCGAUGAAAGUAAAAAUUAUACAAUAUCCCCUAAUGAGAGAUCUUUGACAACAUCAAAACUUCUGAGAAAUUCGGAACAUUAUUCAAAAGUGACUCCAGAUUUUGAAAUUAAUUACGGUGACUUAUCUCCCGAUCCCUUUCUUCCAAAGUAUAUUUAUAAUAUCAACAAAUUAUUCGAAGACGAAACAUCCAUAAUUAACAAAAUAAGGAUCUUGUCCAAGUUCGUAGACACCAUUCUGUGCGGACCCAAUGAAAGUCUCAAGAUACCCCAGAAGUUUCACACUUUUAAAUUACAUAUACAAAGUUUAAAAUUCAAAUUUGGAACGAAUAUGAUACCGAUUGGAUAUCUUCGAAUUGGUUUUUAUUGCGAAAGGGCACUCCUAUUUAAGACAAUUAUAUUGGAAGAUGCAGACAAAUCAGAUGCAAUUCGGCAAAAAAGAGGUAUUGAAAAACAAUACUCUUUUGAUGUUGUGUUUGGAGAGGAUUCGACACAAGAGGAAGUAUACAAAGUUACUACGAAAAAUCUCAUAACUGACGUUCUCAACGGAUAUAAUGGAACUGUAUUUGCAUAUGGACCGACGGGGGCAGGCAAAACUCAUACUAUGGUGGGCACUAGAUCGACUCCAGGAAUCAUGAUUAGAGCUCUUAACGAUAUUUUUGAGGCAGUAAAAGAUAAAGAAGACGAGUAUUCGGUUACUAUGUCAUACCUUGAAAUUUACAAUGAGCAAAUUCGAGACUUACUUAAUCCAUCAUCAGGAUUUUUAGAAUUGCGGGAAGAUUCUAAAGGAAAAAGUAUGCAGGUAGCUGGAUUAUCUGAAAUUUCUACAAAUAGUACCGACGAAAUCAUGCAACUGCUUCAAAAGGGUAACAAGGCAAGAACGAUAGAGCCCACUGCUAUGAAUCAAACAUCCUCAAGAAGUCACGCACUUCUUAGUGUCACCGUUAGACAUACGAUUCCAGUAAAUAAAACAGAUCAUUUGCGUAUUAAGAUUAGACAAGGACGUUUAUUUAUGAUUGACUUGGCAGGUUCUGAACGAGCCAAUAAGACUAAAAACAGUGGUAAGAGAUUGCAAGAAGGUGCUCAUAUUAAUAGAUCCUUACUGGCUCUGGGAAAUUGCAUAAAUGCAUUAAGUGGUGGAGCAAGAUAUGUAAACUACAGGGAUUCUAAACUAACUAGACUGUUAAAAGACGCGCUCUGUGGCAACUCUAAAACAGUAAUGAUUGCUCAUGUUUCUCCAAGCGCUGGGCAGAAAGAAGAAUCGAGAAACACUCUUAUCUACGCCGAUAGAGCCAACAACAUUACGACAAAAAUUGAACGAAACGUUUUUGAUGUUUCUUACCAUGUGACUCAAUAUCAAACUGUGAUAACUGAACUCAGAGAUGAGAUAUCCCGAUUACAGCACAAAAUGAAAGAAGAACGUCCGAGGUCGGCUGAUGUGAAGAAGUUAAAUGCCGAGGAAAGAAGGAAUGAGGUGCAGCAACUUCGAGAACAAAUAGUGGAGACAUUUAAGACACAAAUGAAAUUAAGAAGAAAGUUAAUGGAAAUUGAUUCACAUCUUCUAAGUUUAGGCAUGGAAUCAGAAAGGCAACAUAUGAUCAUAUCCCACUGGGAGUCGAGAAAUAAUAAAUUAUAUAAAAAUAGCCUUAACGAAUCCAGAGCCAGAACACAACAAAGCAUGAGAAGAAGAACCUACACAGCAGACGGCUUUCGAUCGGCUGGAUACGAAAAUGAUGAUACUUUAGACACAGAUAUUGACGCAGAAGGAGAAUCGGCAAUUCAACAGGCUUGGAGUGAACUGGCAGAUAUUGAAAGAGAACAGGAACGAUGGUCCGAGUUAAGAGUUCACAUCGAACAGAAACUGGAAGUUUGUAGACAACGAGGUGUUACUUUGGAAGACCAACUUCCUACACUACUAUCAUCUGAUGAUGAAAGGGAAAUUCUAGCUCUGAUGUGCAGAGUACAUGAAUUAGAAGCUGAUAAGAUGGCUCUUCAAUCAGAGAGAUUGGUAAGACAACAUGAACUAAGAAGGAGAGAUCUUUUAAUUUUGCGAUAUGACCGGCAACGACAGAUUUGUGAAGAGAUAAUCACAAGACAGCGGCAGAUAAUGGAAGAAAAGAAAAUGGUUCUACCACAAGAUUUACAAGAGUUAUAUCAACUUUAUCAACAAGAAAUUCACGCAUCCACUUACAGUGACGUUGGAAUACCGCAAACAGCAUCUGCAUUCACUCCAACGGAUAUUUUACCACCAAUUGGAAAAAUAAGGCUUCCGACAGCUGAUUUAAGCAGCAGUGAUGCAAGUGGUAUUUCCCCUCCUUCUUCGGCCGAUUCAGGAGAUUCCAGUAUAGACAGACUUAUGGGACAACCUGUGUCAAGGCACAGCUUCAGUAAAAAAUUACCACCACUUCCUCCUAGCCCACCUGUACGAUCAAGAAAAGGCAGUUCAAGUUCUAUGCGAAGAAGUCUCAGUGAAAUGCAUCUCAGCGGUUCCGAAGACGGAGCAACGUAAUACUGACUUGCGUUUUGUUGUAAAAACUGUUUAAAAAAGUGUAUGAUAUAUAUUAAAAUAAAUAAAACAUGUGUGAUCU